UUUGAGUGUAAUUAAAAGCGACGAUUACAGCAAGUUCAGAGUAUUUGAGGGAGAGAACACAGAAACUAGAUGAGGGAGAAGCCAAGCAGAAAAAAAACGAAAAGAAAAUCGUUCAGAGUGUUGGAGAUAACUCAUAUAAUAAAUAAUAUUGUGUAUAUAAUACAGUAAUUCGUGGUGCUAUUUGUGAUGAUUUUUCGAAAAACGUUUAAUGUCCUUAAGUUGAAUAAGUGAAUCAGUUGUGUCUCAUCUGGCAUCGAAUUAACAUCUCUGUCUUUCGCAGUGUGAUCGUUCUUUUAUAUGUUGGUGAUUUUAAUGUGGAUUUAGUAAUGCAAAUAACACUUUUUCACUAAACAUUCGAAAAUAAUUGCAUUUGAGAGACGAUUUUUUGAGGAACAUCUCACACAAGAUCGAGCAAAAGUGCGUGAAAAACUAUAUUCUUUUCACCAUUAAAGACUGACUUUAAACUUCUAGAAAGUUCAGGAGGAAAGGUGACCAAGUGUCGUACUAUUCUUUAUUUUUGUGUUUCUUAAAAGUUAUUUUUCCGGCUGCGUUCGUGAGUGGUAACAAAAGCGUGAUCGAGUACCGAUCAAAAAAAUGCCUGAAUUGAGUCCCGAGGUGUUUGUGACGGACACAGCGUCCACAAAGAAUAGUCUAAUUGUUGUAUCAAAUCGAUUACCAUUUGUGCUAAAAACCAAUCCGGAAACCAAAGCUCUGGAGCGGAAGCCAAGUGCUGGAGGUUUGGUAACUGCUGUCUGCCCAGUGGUAAUCAAUGGCAAAGGAUUGUGGGUAGGAUGGUCAGGACUUCACAUGAAGGAUGAUGAUCUGGUGAUCCCAGAAUCUGACCCGAAUGAUCACACACCAACUGCUGGCCUAAAAUCCUCACAGGUCGUGUGUGUCAACAUGGAUCCGCUUAUCUUUGACUCAUACUACAAUGGCUGCUGCAACGGCACUUUCUGGCCCCUGUUCCAUUCUAUGCCUGGCCGGGCCAUUUUCAGCUCUGACCACUGGCGCAGCUACGUACAGGCCAACAAGCUGUUUGCGCGACGCACCAUUGAGGCCUUGGAGAGAUGCCACGAGAAUCUACGAGAGAAUGCAGGAACACCGAUUGUCUGGAUCCACGACUAUCAUCUAAUGCUAGCGGCCAACUGGGUACGUGAAGCGGCUGAGGAGAAGGGCCUAGCCUUCCAGCUGGCCUUUUUCCUGCACAUCCCUUUCCCGCCGUGGGAUAUCUUCCGUCUACUGCCGUGGUCGGAUGAGAUCCUGCAGGGUAUGCUGGGCUGUGACAUGGUCGGUUUUCACAUUCGUGACUAUUGUCUUAAUUUCGUCGACUGCUGCCAACGGAGUCUUGGAUGUCGUGUAGACAGGAAGAAUCUGCUUGUUGAACAUGGUGGAAGAUCCGUGAGAAUUCGUCCACUCCCUAUUGGGAUACCCUUUGAAAGAUUCGUAGAGCUAUCUACAUGUGCUAAACGUGUCAUCAAAACUAAGCAGCAGAUCAUUCUGGGCGUUGAUCGCCUAGAUUACACCAAGGGUCUUGUGAACCGUCUCAAGGCUUUUGAACUGCUGCUGGAGAAGCAUCCAGAACAUCUGGGCAAUGUGAAUUUGCUACAAAUCUCCGUGCCUUCACGCACAGAUGUCAAGGAGUACCAAGAGCUCAAAGAGGAGAUGGAUCAGCUAGUUGGAAGAAUAAAUGGACGCUUUACGACCGCCAAUUGGUCCCCUAUCCGAUACAUCUACGGAUGCGUGGGUCAAGAUGAACUAGCAGCUUUCUAUCGCGAUGCCUCUGUAGCUCUAGUGACUCCUCUCCGUGAUGGGAUGAAUCUCGUAGCCAAAGAAUUUGUGGCUUGUCAAAUAAAUGACGUGCCUGGUGUGCUCAUUGUGUCACCAUUUGCCGGUGCUGGUGAGAUGAUGCACGAAGCUCUGCUCUGCAAUCCAUAUGAGGUCGAUGAUGCUGCCGAAGUUAUCCACAGGGCCCUUACAAUGCCCGAGGAUGAACGGAAGCUACGUAUGAGUCGUCUGAGACGACGUGAGAUGGAAAACGAUGUCAAUCACUGGAUGAGGUGUUUCCUGAAGGCGAUGGGAUCCCUGGAGGAGGACGACAUCGGGACAACUUCAAUGCAGCCUGUAUCCAUUGAUGAUUUCGACGAAUACCUCCUCAACUAUAUUGGCUACAACCACAAACUGGCUCUUCUGCUUGAUUACGAUGGAACUCUGGCCCCAAUUGCUCCACAUCCCGAUCUCGCUAUUCUGCCUCCAGAAACCAAAAACGUUCUACUUCGUCUGUCCAAUCACUCAGACGUGCAUAUCGCCAUUGUGUCUGGACGCAAUGUGGAAAAUGUGAGGCAAAUGGUGGGAAUUGAUGGAAUCACAUAUGCAGGGAGCCAUGGACUGGAAAUUAUUCAUCCCGAUGGCAGCAAAUUCGUACAUCCAAUGCCCAUUGAAUUCGAAGAUAAAGUCAGCCUUCUCCUGAAGGAACUCCAGGAUUCCGUUUGCGGAGAUGGUGCUUGGGUGGAGAACAAAGGUGCCCUCUUGACAUUCCACUAUCGUGAGACUCCUGUGGAUCUGAGGUCAACGAUGGUGGAGAAGGCGCGGCAGUUAAUCAAGAAGUUUGGCUUUCUCGCGCACGAUGCCCACUGUGCCCUCGAGGCCAAACCACCAGUACAGUGGAACAAGGGCCGAGCCUCAAUCUACAUCCUAAGGACGGCUUUUGGUGUGGACUGGACUGAACGCAUGAAGAUCAUCUAUGCCGGAGACGAUGCUACCGAUGAAGAUGCUAUGCAGGCUCUCAAAGGAAUAGCAAUGACUUUCCGCGUGACAUCAUCGCACAUCGUGAAGACUUCUGCCCAGAGACGCCUUCCCUCCACGGACUCUGUGCUCACGAUGCUUAAAUGGGUGGAGCGUCACUUCAUGCGACGCAAGCCACGUGCCAAUUCGCUAACGUACAAAAGUCGCAGGAAAGACGGUCUCAAGAUGCAAAUGUGCUUUGAUCUAUCAUCGCCAAAUACUCACACCAGCAGCUCGGAUGAGCCCCAUGAGUAGCCAGAUGGCUCAAGGGGCUGCCUAGGAGGAGGCUUUCCAAGAGAGCUCAGCGCAAAAGAAUGCAUUAUCAACUCUAUCUUUGGGAUUUACUACAAUUCAGUCGCAUGUUAUCAUAAUUUUAUAUCAAAAGAAUCACUUUAUUUGUGUAUUAAAAUGCCAUUUUUACUGAAA